GGAAGACGGCUCUACGCGCCCGGAUGUCUUGUUUUCCACGCCCGGGUCAUUAGUUCUUGUUUUGUUUGUGGUGUUUUGUGAAGUUUUUACUAUUUAGUUUGAUUACCGUGAUCGUGUUGUAAGGAGUAAAAACAAAAAUGACCGAGGAUGUUCAGAAGCACUCAGUGCACACGCUUGUGUUUCGCUCUCUAAAGAGGACUCAUGAUAUGUUUGUGUCGGAUCAUGCCAAACCAAUAUCACUGGACGAGAAGAGCCACAAGGUGAAGAUGGCAGCAAAGAUGAGGACAGAAUACGGGCCUGUGUUACACAUGCCCGUGUUGAAGGAGGGCAGAGACAAAGGGCAACUCCACACUUCUGAUCCGUAUGGCCAGCUGGGAUACCCACUGUCUGACAAUAGUUCAGAUUACCUGGUGACAGGAACUCAUCUGUACCCGUCUGCUCCAGGAGUGGCCCUCACUGCAGACACACAGAUGCAGAAGAUGCCUAGUGAAGCAGGCAUUCAUUCCAUGGCUCUGGCUCUUCCUCCCUCUCAAGCAAGGCAGGAUGCCAGUCGAACUGCUGCCAGUGUGGGAGAUAUCCACAGACAUGCAGGAGGCGCAGAGAGAUCUCAACCUCCACAGCACGCACUGUCUCUUUUGGAAGGAGGCACCAAGAAUUCUUCACUAGUGGCUAGAAAGGCUCCUACAAUGCCCAAACCUCAAUGGCAUCCACCAUGGAAACUGUAUAGAGUCAUCAGUGGGCAUCUGGGAUGGGUCAGGUCUAUAGCAGUGGAGCCUGGUAACCAGUGGUUUGUGACUGGAUCAGCAGACAGAACUAUAAAAAUUUGGGAUCUUGCCAGCGGUAAGCUGAAGUUGUCUCUGACGGGUCACAUCAGCACAGUGAGAGGGGUGGCUGUCAGCACACGCAGCCCUUACCUCUUCUCGUGCGGGGAGGACAAACAGGUCAAAUGCUGGGAUCUGGAAUAUAACAAGGUUAUAAGACACUAUCACGGUCAUCUAAGUGCAGUUUAUGACCUUGACCUUCACCCUACUAUUGAUGUCCUCGUGACCUGCAGUCGAGACGCCACAGCGAGAGUUUGGGAUAUCAGGACCAAAGCAAAUGUCCACACCCUUUCUGGACACACUAACACCGUGGCUACAGUCAAAUGUCAAAGUGCCGAGCCUCAGGUGAUUACUGGCAGUCAUGACACCACUAUUAGACUCUGGGAUCUGAUCGCUGGAAAGACGAGAGCCACACUUACCAACCACAAGAAAUCUGUCAGAGCAUUGGUGCUCCAUCCCAGACAGUACACCUUUGCUUCUGGCUCUCCAGACAACAUUAAGCAGUGGAAAUUUCCUGAUGGGAACUUUAUCCAGAAUCUUUCAGGACAUAAUGCCAUCAUCAACACACUGGCUGUCAAUUCAGAUGGAGUACUUGUGUCAGGAGCUGAUAACGGCACCAUUCACAUGUGGGAUUGGAGGACUGGCUAUAACUUCCAGAGGAUUCAUGCAGCGGUGCAGCCCGGUUCUCUGGACAGCGAGUCGGGGAUCUUUGCGUGUGUGUUUGAUCAGUCUGAGAGUCGGCUCAUAACGGCAGAGGCUGACAAAACCAUUAAGGUCUACAGAGAGGACGACACAGCUACUGAGGAAUCCCACCCGGUUAAUUGGAAACCUGAGAUCCUGAAGAGAAAAAGAUUUUAGAUGUUUGUAUUUCAUUUGUUUUGAUCCCUUCAUUGUGUUAACAUUUUGACAUUGUCUGCUUACAGCAUAAACAUAAAACACAGUUAAGUGAAAUUGUCAGACGACUUACCGUAAGAGGUUACAUGUUGGUUCAAUCUGCCUAUUUAAAAAAAAAAAAAAAAAAAAUUUGUAAUCUUUGACAGAAAAAACGUUUCUUUUCCUGUCUACUCCAAACACCAUUUUCAAGCUAUUUACAGAUUGUUAUGUGACCUGUCCAUCUAACUAUUCAUUCUGAACAGCAGGAAAUGAGAUGUAAUGGGGACUUCUGUUUUGGAUCUGAUCACAGUUUGCCAUCAAAAGGUUCUUUUCUUUCUGUGUGCGCAUGAGUCUUUUUUUCUUCUUCAGUUCUUCUAUUUUAGCAUAGUUAGUGUUGGAUGUACAUGUUUCCAAGUAAACUCUGCAUCUUGCAGCAUUCACAAUUUUACAUUUUUUAUCAGUUUGCAAAUGCCUCAUGGAUUGCAGUUUUGGAAAAUAAUAAAAAAAAAUAAAAA